AUGAAAUACGUGACGAGCUUUAGCGAAGAACACGUGACGUCUCUCAAGCAGCAACGAAUUAAAAAAGAAUCGACUCCAGAAAAUCGCGAGACUCGCAUUUUAUACAGUCUAUGGCCACCAAUCUCAUCGGCGAUCUCUUUCCGGUUAUAUCUUCGCCACUUCUCAGUCGCUUCUUCCGUUUUCGUAUCGGAUCCGAUACUAUCACUCUUUCCUGGAAUCGGGUUUCUUUGA